AGUAAAUUGGGCUCAGUGUUCAAAUCCGGGUCCUUCAAACGACCCACUUUUAAAACGGACAUACAAUUCGGAUCGUACCAGAUUCCCAAUUUCACAAGGCCCAUCUUCUUCUUCUGCUUCACUAUUUUCCAAAGCGUGCCCCUUUCCAUUUCUCUCAUUUUUUUUCUCGCUCAAUCCUCCGCUGUUCAUCCACUCGCUCUCGUUCUUCUUCAUUUAUUUUCAACGCUCUUACUCAGACCACUCGGGUGCAGACAUGAUUGAUCGUUUUAUCGACAAUACGAUGUUCAGGGAUUAUAAUGAAGCAAAUAAGGUGAGGUUGAACGGGAAGUAUAUUGAGCUUCAAUUAACUCGGAGGUUUAUGGCAGAGGUGGUUAUGUUGCCUAGUCCGCUUGUUAAGCGCAUUUUGGAGAAAAAUAUGGAGGAGAAGAUGCGUGUCGGUGAAAUUAAAGAAGGUGAUUCGGUUACUGUUGACCUUGGUUCUGAUGGGAAGAUAUUGGUUCUUGACAGUAGAAGCGGUACUCUGGCGGAAGAGGCUGAGGAAGGUAGCAGUGGUGCUCCGGCAGAAGAGGCUCCGGCAGAAGAGGCUGAGGAACCAGUUAUUGUCUAGAUGUGCGCCCCAUUGUCCUUUUUCCUGUGGUGUUUAUUUAUUAUUAUUUUUUUAUCGUUCUGGCUAUGUUGAGGUGACUGUGUAGAGCCAGUGCAACGAGAAUGAUUUAGAGUGCUCUUUAACUUCAGAAUCGUUCUGGCUGUGUUGAGCUGACCUCCCAGUUGUUAUAGUAGACUAAAACUUUCCUAUGUAAACAAUUUAUUUUUAAUAAAAGUUUAUUCGUUCGAGAA